UCUUUUGCACAAGCUGCACCUUUUUGUUCAAGAACAAAUGACUGUGGGAGACAGGAAAGUCUUCGGUUCGGGUACAAGACUUUUCGUGAUAGACCCAAAGAAAGAAACUGUCACGGUACCAGAGUUGACUGGAUACCGACCAUCAAAAAAAACCACUGACAAUCAUGGCAAACAGACAAUGUUAUGCCAUGCCAGUGGCAUGGUUCCUGACUUUGUGACAUUCAAAUGGCAAGAAAAGAGCGGUGCAGAACAGUGGACGGAUGUAUCAGAGGAAAAUGUUGUGGAGCAGAGGAAAGAAAGUCCAGCUGUCACUGUGACAAGUAUGAUGAUUGUAGAUAAAACUAUAGCAGAAAACAAGGACUACCAAUGCAUUGUUACCCAUGAGGGAAACACUGAGAAUCCUUCCAAAUCUCUUGAAAUGAAGAAAGAAAUCAGUAAGCCGGCAAAGGAAUCUAAAAAUGAUGCUCAGAACCCAACAUGUCCACCCAGCACGGAGGAGACCAUAAAAAAGCAAAUAUCAGGAGAUUCAGAGCAAAUACCAAGUAUGUUCCUGUUUGUCUAUGCAUAUGGUGUCAUGCUCAUGAAGAACGGUUUAUUUUUUUGCAUUGUGUCUAUAUUUCAAUUAAAGAAAAAAGCUGGAAAGAAAGACAAAAGCUCAGAGACUUAACGCAUAAGAUAAAUAUCAAGCAAGCAAAGGUUUAUUACAUAAAGCACAUCUCGCUAACUAAAGAAUAGAUGCAUAUCUACAGCAAUAUUAUUUCUGCUUAAAAUGUAUGGCUUUUAAAUUUGUUGUUGAUCUGCUUUGCACAAUUAAUUUUUUCAUCUUUAAAAUGAAAUAUUUAG